AGAAAGGCGAGGGAAGAGGGGCGGGGGAGAGAUGGAGAGCUAGAGAAAGACGGGGAGAGAGGCCGAUCGGACGCGGUGUCGGGAAUCCGGGUUCUCCCAGAGGACGGAGGCGGUGACUAGCGUGGGCCAGGUUUCUACCGCACGAUAUUGGGCAAUGUGGUAGAUACUGUCAGCAUCCUUCCUGUGUUCCCUUGGCCUCAACCAGCGACUGAUGAGAGAAGGUAUAUAAAUACCCCAGCUCCCUUGCUUCUCUGCUGGGGUGGCGUGGGGGCUUGUGCUAUGUUGUCCAUCAGAGUUGCCUUGUAACUGGCUUCCUUCACAGGCUGCUGUCCCUUCCCUGUUUCACUUUCCAGCCCUCUUCCACUUGCAUUGGGAUCCUUGUUUUAGGGUUAACUUCGGGGGGAAGGCAACCUAGGAUAGGCUUUAGGCUGCAGUUAAACAGUCAUGUAAGGCCUCUGAGGCUCAGUUUCCCCAAGUGUAAGAUGGCAGUUCUAACUAUCUCCUGGUGAUAUUGUGACGUGCGUUCAGACGGGAGCCUGGUACACAGCACUCAGGCAGCCAUCUGCUGCUCAUUGGUUAAGAUAAAAGGUGCCCUGGCAGAUUUGGGAGUGAGUAUUCUGAUGGCCCGUGAAUGGCCGAUCAUAACGCUUUGGAGAGAGGCUGUCCUUUGGCUAGGUGAGGAAACUGAGUGCACCUGCUCGUGGCUGUCACAUCUAGGCUGUGACCAGUGAUAAAUGCUGAACAACUGCAUGAGUGGCACUGGGCCAUCCUGGAAUUCUGCUGUGAUCUUUCCUGCUAGCGAAGGGGCAGUCAGCAGAUAUUAGCCGAGCCGCCGUCUGCCUUCCUGGUAUAGCGGCUUCUUUUUAUGACACAGGCGUGGUGUGUUCCCUGAGGAGGUGGCCAGGGCGGUGGGGAGGGAGGGGGCUGGUUUCUUAUGGAAAGGACAGUCCCUACUUUCCUGAACUGCUAUGCAAUGCCACGGACACCCAAGUGAAAGCCGAGAAAAGUCCACGUGGUGAAAGAGACCUUUGUAUGGCAGAAUUCGACAUCCCUGCUGUGAUUUUACUCCUAAAGCUCUGUUGACAGUCCUCCCGAGGGAGUUCCUGACUCAGCAAUUGCACAGCAGGAUAUCACAGACUGAAUGAGCUGAACACUCCAGGGAAGCCUUUCUUGCGGUUCUGGAGGCUGGGCGUAUGAGGUCAGGGUGCCCGUACAGGAAUUUGGCGGGACAUAAACAUUCCGACGACAGCAGUGACAUAACGUGUACUCCCAGCCUUGCACGACCAUCACCAGUCUCCAUCUCCAGAACUCUUCCGUCAUCCCCCACAAAGACCCUGUACCCAUCAGACAUCAGCUGCCCAUUGCCGCCCCGCGAGCCCCUGGUCUCCCCUUCUGAUGAAAAUAGAACAGAAGAAUGGACUACAGUCACCAAACCUCUCUAGUCCCGUGUGGACAAGAUAAAUACAUCUCCAAGAAUGAACUUCUCCUGCAUCUGAAGACCUACAAUUUGUACUACGAAGGCCAGAAUUUGCAGCUCCGACACCGAGAGGAGGAAGAUGAGUUCAUCGUGGAGGGGCUGCUGAACAUCUCCUGGGGGCUGCGCCGGCCCAUCCGUCUGCAGAUGCAGGAUGACAACGAGCGCAUUCGCCCUCCACCAUCCUCUUCUUCCUGGCACUCUGGCUGUAACUUGGGGGCUCAGGGCACCAUCCUGAAGCCCCUCACCAUGCCCAACAUUCAGAUCUCAGAAGUGGACGCCCCGCCCGAGAAUGAGCAGACACCGAGCCCCACAGACUCCAGGGGCCUCAAGCCCCUGCAGGAAGACACCCCACAGCUGAUGCGCACACGCAGUGAUGUUGGGGUGCGUCGCCGUGGCAACGUGAGGACGCCCAGUGACCAGAGGCGAAUCAGACGCCACCGCUUCUCCAUCAAUGGCCAUUUCUACAACCACAAGACAUCGGUGUUCACGCCGGCCUAUGGCUCGGUCACUAACGUCCGCAUCAACAGCACCAUGACCACCCCACAGGUCCUGAAGCUGCUGCUCAACAAAUUCAAGAUCGAGAAUUCCGCAGAGGAGUUUGCUUUGUAUGUGGUCCAUACCAGCGGUGAGAAACAGAAGCUAAAGAACACCGAUUACCCUCUGGUUGCCCGAAUCCUCCAGGGACCGUGUGAGCAAGUCUCCAAAGUGUUUCUUAUGGAGAAGGACCAGGUGGAGGAAGUCACCUACGAUGUGGCCCAGUACAUAAAGUUUGAGAUGCCCGUCCUAAAAAGCUUCAUCCAGAAGCUCCAAGAGGAAGAAGAUCGGGAAGUCAAGAAGCUGAUGCGCAAGUACACCGUGCUCCGGCUAAUGAUCCGGCAGAGGCUGGAGGAGAUGGCCGAGACCCCAGCAACAAUCUGAGCCACACGGAGGAGGGGAUCCAGACACCACAGGGGCCGCCGCUGACACGAGAAGACGCACAGGAAGCUGGGUACCUUCCUUCCAUGGAAACAUGUAGAUACAGACCUCUCCAGCUCCCGCCGAGAGCCACCAUCUGUUGCCCGGAGCAGAAUGGAGAAGCCUGCAGACAACUCCCCAUCCCUGGAUCCCCACGCUCCACUCCUUUCUUUCCCUCACAAGGACUUCUGAAUUUUGUUAUAAGGACCCAAAAUGUGUGUGUGUGCACGCACAUGAGCACACGCAUGCACAUGUAAGCGUGUUUGCACACAUGGUACAUAUCCACGUGCCUACCUGAUAUUCACAUGGAACUGAAUUCCGAGCCACCAGCACCAGCGCCAUGGGGGCUUGCAGGUGCACUGCUCGAGGGCAGGAACAUCAGAGGAGUCACCGAUCUGAGGGGUUGAAGUUGAUGUCUUCCCUCAAGGGCCAGGGAACAGCCACACAUGUUUGGAAGGGAAGGGGACUCCACGAGCUCUCCAUUUGGGGUAUUUAUAUAUCGGUGGGGAUUCUCCCUGUACAUCUAGAAGGACUGGGCAUUGGAAAUUAACAAACUAACAGCCCCAUGCCCUUGGGGAAGGUUGGAUGGAAAGAGAAAGAUAAAUCAUCUGUGGGGUAGAUGCAAUAAGCCCACAAGUUUUUACACUGGAAACUCUGAUUGUUUAAAAUAACAAAGACGUAUGUGAUCUAUGUGGAUUCUGCCUCUGUCCUCACCUCCAUGGCCAUGUCUAGGAGACAGGAGAGGAGCCUGAUGUUUCACUCAGCAUGCCAACCCCACGCCAUGGAAGCCAGCCCCAACUCUUUGGUGCCUCCUUGAGUUGAAGGAAGGGUGUCAUGGGUUUAUACAUGGCCGACUGGCUAGUGUGGCCUGGGCCUGGCCUUGUCCUGGGGUGGUGGCCAGAGUUUCCCUCUUUAGAGAACCACAGAAGCUCCUUGCAGAAGUGACAGAUGCCUGGGAGGCCAGCCCAUUUCCCAUCAUCAAGGCCCCUCCUGCACUUGGAGCUGAGGCCAUGUGUUUGAGGUCAAGGCUUUCUCCUUUCCAACCACAGGAUUCUUUCAAGUUGCCCUUCGCUCAUGCACGGAGAUGGACCCCAAUUAUGAGGAUGACCCUUCUACUGGCCGAGUGUGGGGCUCAGGGAAGCUCUUUGGGCUUCCCUGUGAAGGUGCAUAGGGAGGGUGGAGCUUCUCUUUCAGCUUCUCUGAGCAGCCACCUGGGUGAUCUUUAGAACAGAUCCCAGUGGGGGGAAAGGGUGGGACAGUCUGUCCCCUGUGGCUCCUGUCAGGAAGACCGCUGGGUAGCUGGGCACCAGUGUGGCUGAUAACAGUUUGAAGAAGGACAGAUGCUUGGAGCAGGGUGCAUGGCAGGUAGGCAGGAGAGGCUGGUUGGGCUUCUCCCGGGGCCUCAGGGAGCCGGCUGAGGGCCCGGAGCUCCUAACAGCAGGUGUCUCAGCCUUGAUGAGGGAGGGUCUCCCCAUCUCUUCACCUCCUCUCCAAGAAAGGUUUGGGGAGCUGGGCAGUUGGUGGAAGGAGGGCCAUUGGCCGGUGUCCGCAAGGAAGAUGGAUGUUUGCAGUGAAGCCGUUCCUGCCCCCUCCUGCCUCCUGUUCCCCUCUGUGGCUUCCGUGGCCUCUUUAGAGGGCUCGCAGCUGUGGUCUUAUUGUUGACUUUCACAAAGAUGGCGUUUUGCCACCUGGCAUUUUGCCGGGGGUCUCUUAGCAAGGCGACCUCCUCUGCGGGGACAGUGCCACCAGCCCUAUGGGGCGUGGACUGGAAAUCCGGAGGCUUUAGUCUCAAUCAUACACCUCGGUGGGCCGCUGCAAAAUGCACAGAAAAGCCGGGGGCAGGGGGGAGAGGCUUCCUUUGUUACAGAUGGGAAAGAGCGGGUUUGUGAAUGCAAACACACUUCCUGAGUUUUGCAUUUGAGAUGACUUAAGAAACUUCUCUUCCAGUUGCUUUUAUUUUGAAUGUUCAAAGCCUGUGUUGACCCCAGUCAUUCUCCCUGGUGGGCUAGGCAGAAAAAUUUCCACAGAGCAAAUUACUAACCACUAACUUGUUGGACAGCGAUUUCUCAUUUAUAAAAGUUCUCUUUGAUUUGCACUAGCAUUACGAUAGUUUAAAUAUGGAAAUGUUGCAAGACGUUAGGUUUGCCAGCUUCCUUUCUGAGAAAGUGAUACUAAGGUAGACCUGGCUUCUUAAAGAUUGUGGGGGGGCGGUCAGGGUAGAAGUCAGGGGAAAUCACAUCUUACAGGAUGCAUCCCACUUACCGUGGGCCCUACUUUUCCAUUUUGGCCCACCCUGUUUAGAGAUCGUCUCUCACGUCCUAGUAGCCCGAUCAGGAAUUUUGGAAAGGUCCUUUGAAAUAACAGCGCCUGAAACAGAGACACUUCUCUGCAGUGUGGAGCCGGAUUUUCUCACUGGUAUCACAUGGCUUUGCAGCUUUGAAUUCCUCUACUGAUUUGUGUGGGUUUUUGUAAUUGCGUGCAAUGAACCUGAAAUCGUGUGAAGAACAAAAGGCCAAUUUAUAGGUUUUUUUUCCUAACUUGUGAAAAGCAGGAUAGCCACAUCUGACUUUCUUUUUCUAGGGGCUUUUGUUACAAGGUGAUCAAAUGAAGGAAAAACCUGAGUCCAUAUGGCUGGGAAGGGGGUCCGUUCCCCCAGGUGAUGGUGGAAUUAAGCACAAGGUCACAUUUUCAGUGAUCACAUGAGUGGGCAGGUGAUGAGUUAAAUGGGGGGGGUAUCUUGGGGAGGGACUGAGAAGCACAAACAGCAAGCUUGCCUAUGUGGGCUGGUGAGGAAUGUGUGCACUGGGCUCUAGGCCGAUGGACUUGAAUUCUAAGUGAGGUUGAGGAAGGGAGGAGCUCAGAUUAGCCACCCACCUGUGAGAAAAACGCUGGGACCAAAAGCUGAGGUUUUGGUCUGAGACUUCAAGGAGAAAUAUUUGCACCCUUCCCUCCUCCCUACCAGAAAGAAAACAAUACUUUCUCCUGGAGACAGAUAAAGGCAUCUUAACACCAUUGUAGGUAAGACUUUGAAAUAAAACGACACACACACAAAUCUGUUUUCUGAUGCAAAACAUCUUGGCACAGAUUCUUUUCUGCAGGGUUGGGUGGUUAUUUCAGAGUCAGGAGCAAAGAGGAGCGAUGGGUCCCAGUAGGGCAAGAAACUCUCUUAAGAAAAGCUCUCUUCCCCCCACCCCCACCAAAAAACAAAACAAAACAAAACAAAACAAAACCCGCCAAGCUCCAUAGCAUGGAGAAUAUGAUGUCAUAGAUAUAUCGCCAAGAGAGAAAUUUUCUAUAAGCGAGGAAAUUUCAGGGUCUCGGGGCCAAACCGUGAUGUGGGGGCUGAGAUAGCAAGCAGGGGAGGUCUCCAGCAUCCUUGAGGCCGCAGCACACAUUUUUGAGUUGCUACUUAAGUUGUUUGACACAAAGUCUUGCUUGAGUCAGGUGAGAUGAGAAAUGAUCUCUGAGAGAGAGGCAGAGAUACAGAUGAAUGUGGCACCCCCUUCUUUCAGGCAGAACUGAAAGCGUUUACCCUGCCACGGGAGGUUACAGCGCCCCCUGUGUUUGAACCAAGCACAAGAUGUGGACAAGCUGGGAAGGGAAAGCCUCAGUUUGCCCUUGGAGCCUUCCCUGCUUCCCAGGCUGAUGACUUCUGGUGUGCUACUGCUAGUGUUUCUUCAGGUUUUCCCCACUUGUGUUAGCUUUGUGAAGUAUUAUUUUCUUCAUCAUAACUUGCCUUCAACAAUGGUACAUGACCUGGUUCAAUGUUUGGUUCUGAACUUGUAAACGGACACAUCUGGGUAUCAUAACAUAAUUUGACAAGGCCUCAGGAGGGAGCCAUAAAUGUCUGUAACAUUUUGAUAUGUUUUAAUGCACCCAACUUAGAUCGUGUUGAAAUAAAGCACUUUUCAAAGAGAA